GAUCCCAGAAUGCACUGUGCAUAAAAACUGCUGUACAGAUCAAUCAAUAGCCCUUAUGCACAUUCCAUGAUCGAACGUUCUAAACACACUUCCUAUCGGUUUGGCAAUUUCCGGUCAGUGUAGUUGUUAUCAACAAAAUAACGUUACUACCAUUAUGUCGCAGUUUUUUACUAGGUGUCUUCAGGACUUGCCUCAAAUUAAUAUUAAUGAUGUACAUCGAAUUGUUAAAUCAGCCUCCGAGACACCAGCUAGCAAGAAUGAAAAGGGGUUCAAGAUGUAUAUAGGAAGCUACAAAGACAACUAUGAGGAUGGUGUUAAAGCACUCCGUACCAGUGAUAGUGGUCCAAAGCCACUGCUCCUGUGUUGCAGGAAGUGCUCUGUGCAAUCGUCUAGUGGCCCUUCUUUACCAGACAGCGCACUACUCUCAACUAAACAUUCCUGCUGCACCACCAGUUCACAGCUGCACAGACACAGAACAGCGUUGGCACAAGCCAAGAACACUUGGUGUGAAACCAGGUCCGGUUGAUGGGAUAGAGUUCUGUAAACCUACCAACUUGUGUGCUGAUGGAAUAAGAAGUUCUCUCUACAAAGCACUCAAUAGAUACAUGCCUGACAUGGACCUUCUCCGCGUCUCAGAAACGUAUUCCAACUUUUCUCCACUUACUGCCCCUCUUGUGACAACAAUGGAAAUGUCAGCUGACGUGCCCCUGGUUGAGUCCGCCUUUGGGCCAGUGCAAGCCGGCAGUGUUCUGUCCUAUCAGCUUCCACAGCCAAAGACCCGUGAAAUUGUGAAGAUUGCCGAUGCCCCUUCUCCACCAAUACUUCCAUUAGAUGGCUACAGGCUUCAGGCUUCCCAGUGUGCUUGCGUCCUUAGCCAUCAGGAGCAGUUCCACCAAGGCAUUAGAGACAACCUACGAGAUGUCACACAAAGUCGAGGUUGCUACAAGGCGGCAGAGCAGCAGCCCGGAAUGGCAUCAGCUCAGGAAAAUGAGAAUAACAUCCUCUCGUUUCCGAGAGGUUUGCCAUGUCCGGGGAGAGACCUCAGCUGACCACCUAGCUGAGCGGAUGUUGAAGGGAUCUGGUAUGCAGACCAUGGAGAUGAAGAGGGGGCUAGCCAUGGAGCCAGUGGCUGUAUAGGAGUACUGCACACUGAAGAAUGUUAACUUAUUUCCGUGUGGCUUCGUAGUGCACCCAGAUGCUCCGUGGUUGGGAUCCUCUCCAGAUGGCAUCAUAUUUGAUCCCAGUGUAAGACCACACUUUGGACUCUUAGAGGUCAAGUGCCCAAAUGUACCAAGUUAUGUUGACUGCCCUUACCUGAAGAUACAGAAUAGAGAGCUGAAGUUGAAAAGAUCUCAUGCUUACUACUGGCAGGUACAAGGUCAAAUCGUUCUCACAGGUUGUAGCUGGUGUGACUUUGUCAUCUGUGCACAGGAGGACAUCCUAGUUGAAAGGAUAUAUAAAGAUCUACAGGUUGUAGCUGGUGUGACUUUGUCAUCUGUACACAGGAGGACAUCCUAGUUGAAAGGAUAUAUAAAGAUCUACAGGUUGUAGCUGGUGUGACUUUGUCAUCUGUACACAGGAGGACAUCCUAGUUGAAAGGAUAUAUAAAGAUCUACAGGUUGUAGCUGGUGUGACUUUGUCAUCUGUACACAGGAGGACAUCCUAGUUGAAAGGAUAUAUAAAGAUCUACAGGUUGUAGCUGGUGUGACUUUGUCAUCUGUACACAGGAGGACAUCCUAGUUGAAAGGAUAUAUAAAGAUCUACAGGUUUCAAAAACUAUAAGAGGGAAGGUUGACCACUUGUAUGUUUACCACUACUUGCAGAAGUGUCUAUCUCACACCUGAAUGGAUCCCCUGCAUGGGUGCCAAGUUUAGGGGUUUUAUGAAAAAGAAGUAUUGAUGUUCUUGUGAAAACUACAGUAGAAUAGAUUUGUUUAAAAAAUAUAUAUUUCAGCAAAUGUUCAACAGUUCAGUUAAUCAAUUACACAUCUCUAACAUUGUAUUCAAUCUUGCAUUCUGGCUACUCUGUGUUUACUUGAUUUCUUUCCCCCACCCCUGUUACUCAUUGCCUAAUUAAAGCCAAUACAAGCUCCACACAAACUGAUAUUCACUGCAACACAAAUGAUUGAUACAUGUCGUAGAUAAACAAAUUAUUAUGUUGCUGCUAGCAAAUAAACACAUGUACAUUUACACUGGCUUGGCCCAUGCUCUGGACCGGAUCAGAGACAGCACAGUCCAUAGGCAGAGCACCUUGUUCUUCAUUGAAGUAGUGUUUCUGAGCCGUUACAGUCAGAGGUUAAAAGGUGAAGGCUGAUUGAGGAGGAGCUAUGAAGGCACAGAUCAGAAUCAGAGAGGGGUUGAGUUAUUUUAGGUUCCAUCAUGUCAGUAAAAGCAGGUCAUGGUGAUAGAAGCCCCUGUACCUCUCUGUAACCAGACAACUAACAGUACACUGAUCUAUCGAGUGGGCCUGAGGGGGUUUCAUAACUAGCUGCAUUCACCCACUAAUGGUAAAUCCUCAGAGGAAGGAAUGUGUUUGGUUUUAAUUCCACUAGUGGAUUAAACUAUUAUCUAAUGACGAGGGGAAGGAAGAAACUAAAAGUUCCCCCCCGUUGGCGCACUGCCUGUUUUAAUGAGAUUAGGGUUACAUAAUGUGUUACGUCUUGAGGUUUCCUUAUUAAGAAUGUGCACACAAACACACAGAAACACUCUGAAAGUGAGGCGGCCGGGCCAGGCAAUUUUCUGCUGUUCCCCCUCACAUCUCCCUCCCAUUCAUGGGCAGGAGUACAAGGGGCAUUUGGGGUAAAUCCUCUGGGGUUGGGAGGCAGCCAAAAUGUAUAAACCAUCAGCAUUCAAUGUAUUCAAAAUUGGGAUUAGGAGAAUGAUCUUUUCAUUUGACUACCCGACUGACUAAUCUCUUCCAUACUCCCAUCCUUCAUUUGAUAAUUGCCUGGAGCAGUCAUGUGAUUGUCUCAUUCAACGCUGAUGUCACCGACAUUCCUAAGGAGAGAUUCUGUUCUCCAAUUGAAAUGUAGGCCUGUAAAUAGAUAGGCAGGGCCUGCUGUGCUGUCAAUGCAGUUUUUCUAAUGGAGAACAAUUGAUUUAGUUCUACAGAAUAAAUGAGUAGGCCUACAUACCGAUUGUUGAAA